AUGAAAGAACUUUUAGCAAACCAAUUUUCUAAUAUUUAUCCAGGUGCCAGUGAAAAAUUUCUUGCAUCAGAAAGUUGGUUCUAUCGCUUUCUUAGAAGGUAUGAUUUUGCAAUGAGACAUAAAACAAAGAUUGGUCAGAAGCUUCCCGCUCACCUUGACAUCAAACUUCUUGAAUUUCAACAAUUUAUUAUAAAAAAACAAAAACAAUUUGAAUACGAACUUUCAGAAAUUGGAAAUAUGGAUGAAACUCCUGUUUAUUUUGAUAUGGUUGGAAAUUUAACAAUUGAUAAACAUGGUGCAAAAACUGUGCAAGUUCGAACAACUGGAAAUGAUAAAAACCGUUUUAUAUGUGUCCUUAUAAUUCUUGCAGAUGGUACAAAAUUACCACCAAUUGUUAUUUUCAAAGGUAAACGAAUGCCAAAGAAUUUACCUUCUCAAAUCAUUGUACUAAUGCACCCAAAAGGAUGGAUGGAUGAAAUUGGAAUGAAAGCUUGGUUUGAUAAGCUUUGA